AUGGCAACAUUCCAACGGCGUCUUCUCCACCAAACCCUCCGUGCCCUAAGCCAUGAAAACCCUCUCGGUCUGCCCCGGACAGGUUCGAUCCCGCGAAUGCAGCGCGGGCUUCCGGAACGGCGCAAGAUCAAGAAUGUCGCUAAGGUGAUCGCCGUAUCGUCGGCCAAAGGCGGCGUGGGAAAGAGCACUGUAGCGGCGAAUCUAUCAUUGGCCUUUGCUCGGAUGGGUUACCGUUCCGGCAUCCUCGAUACAGAUAUCUUCGGGCCUUCCAUACCGACGCUCUUCGAUUUGAGUGGGGAGCCGCGGUUGUCGUCGAAUAAUCAGUUGCUGCCCUUGUCGAAUUACGGUGUCAAGACUAUGUCGAUGGGAUAUCUAGUUGGCGAGGACGCUCCCGUUGUGUGGCGCGGUCUCAUGGUUAUGAAAGCCUUACAGCAGCUUCUUCAUGAAGUUGACUGGGGCGGUCUAGACAUUCUGGUGCUGGACUUACCACCCGGCACAGGCGAUACACAACUCAGUGUCACGCAACAAAUUGUACUUGACGGUUCUGUUAUCGUCACCACGCCGCAUACUCUAGCAGUAAAGGAUGCGGUAAAGGGGAUUAAUAUGUUUAAGAAGGUCGAUGUACCCUUACUUGGCCUCGUCCAGAAUAUGUCCCUGUUUAAUUGUCCACACUGCCACCACGAAACGGCAGUAUUCGGAUCUAAUGAACGUGUUCAGGAAAUUUGUAAGGAACAUUCUAUCGAUCUACUUGGUGAUAUUCCAUUACAUCAGAAUGUUGGAGAUGACGGCCAAAGAGGGAAACCAACUGUUGUCUCUGAGCCCGAUAGUCAAAGGUCACAGGUCUUUAUGGAUAUUGCGAAGCGAGUAGGGUUGAAAAUAGGGCUGUAA